CCAUUCUUCAUUGCGAAGCAAACCCUAGCUCUUUUCGCUGAUUAUACUACUCUCUGUUCCGAAAAUAUAAUCAAAGAUCAUCCGCAGUAGUAGAAGAAGAAGAAAGUAUGGCCUCAGUUAAGAGAUGGCUUCCUCUUGAAGCGAAUCCUGAUGUUAUGAAUCAGUUCAUUUGGGGACUAGGCGUUCCAGAAGAUGAGGCAGAAUGCUGCGAUGUAUAUGGUUUGGACGAAGAACUUCUUGAAAUGGUUCCCAAGCCAGUACUUGCUGUGUUGUUUCUCUAUCCUAUUACUCCUCAGAGUGAAUUAGAAAGAAUACAGCAGGAUAGUAUAAAGAAGGAGAUUAGCGAUAAAGUUUACUACAUGAGACAAACAGUAGGAAAUGCCUGUGGAACAGUUGGACUUCUUCAUGCUGUUGGGAAUAUUACUUCUGAGAUAAAACUCUCUGAGGGUUCAUACUUAGACAAGUUCUACAAGGCCACUGCAACAAUGGAUCCAUUAGAGCGAGCUGUAUUCCUUGAAAAAGACGUGGAAAUGGAGGUAGCGCACUCUGUGGCUGCCUCAGCUGGUGAAACUGAGGCUUCUGAUAAUGUGGACACUCACUUCAUCUGUUUCUCAUGCAUUGAUGGUCAACUUUAUGAGCUUGAUGGAAGAAGAACAUCUGCAGUUUUACAUGGUGUUUCCUCACCAGAUACCUUACUACAGGAUGCUGUCAAAGUUAUAAAAGCGAUGAUCCAGAAGAACCCUGAUUCCAUGAAUUUCAAUGUCAUCGCCCUGUCUAAGAAAUCCCAUUGACAUCCCAAUUCAAGUUCUUCAUCAUCAUUUUAACUCUUGAACAAUAUAUCACAUUGAAUUCUUGUUUUUUUUUUUUUUUUUUUUUUUUUUUAUCUUGAUGACCCU